GCUUUUUCCACUUGCUCGAGCUUGGAGGGUUGGCGGCAAUCCCUACUCGAGAUUUGAAUCCGGGGAUUCUGUCUAGAGAGGAGGAAUGAUCCUGGUAGUUGCUGCUCGAUUGACAAACCGCUGGGGGUGGUAUCGACGCACUGACGUCCCUGUAUAGCCCCGAGCAGGCAGCCGGACUUGUCUUCUCUUCCCUUCUCAAGUCCCCGAGAGAAGCCGCACCAAGCUUCUCGAUCGACGCACAAAUUUGAAUGCACAGGCCUGGACCCAAUCAUUCUUGCGGCCCUAAAGAAUUCGGGUCUCCGGAUCCAACAGCGCCAUCCUUCGUUGCAUCCACGGAGCGGCCAAGAGCUCGUUUGUGCACAAUACAGUCCGGACCCGCAGGGCGCGAUACACUUUCCGCCUAGCGCGAGUUUCUAUAGCAGGCGAUUCCGACACCCACUUCGCGGACGCUUAGUGCCAUGCCAAGUGCGCCACCAAGCCAACGACGCGUCAACGUCGCCCAAGUUCGCCGUGACCGAACUUCAAGGUCCCACUCCAAACGCGUUUGCGCGCGUGCUUCUCGAGCGACGGAUUGGCACCGGCUAGAGCGUGACGCCGACUGCCCACGCUCCACAGCCGUGCACGCGCGCGCCAGAUGUGGAAUCCGCCGUCGGUUGGCGAUGUAUUUCGGCUCGCGAUGGUUCGUUUGAUGGAUUUCGAGUGCCCGGAUUCUGACAUCCCACCUCCGUCUUUGCGCUCUUCGUUUGCAGCUGCUUCUAGUCGCUCCGCUUUCGCGCGACGGAGAAGGAGACUGGGCGUGCUUCAACUGAUCUCAACUAGAGCAAUGACUCCUCGUACGACCAGGAUCUGCUGUAAUGCUGGUGGGAUAUAAAAGCGGCCACGAUUCUUCGAAGAAACGUCAGUUCUCGAACUACAAGACCUACCUGUCCAUUCUCUUCUUUGUUCGUUCUCACCAUGCAAUUCUUUGCUCUGCUUUCUGCCGUGCUCGUCUCCUCUGUCAUGGCUUCGCCUCUGUUGGGACCUGUUCCCGACACUGCUCCGGUGGCUGCCGUGCUUGGCUCUGCCCUUGGCUCAGGUGCUGCCGGCUCUGUUGGCUCCAGCGCUGCCGGUUCUAGCCCUGUCGGCUCUGGUGCUGCUGGUGCUGGUGCUGUCGGCUCGGGCACCGCCAGUCCCAGUGUCGUCGAUACUGCUGCUGGCGCUGUCGCUCCUGUCAUCGGUGCUCUCGGCUCCAACGGAGGCGUUGUGCCUCCCGUUGUUCCUGCCACCGGUGCCGUCACUCCUGCCGUUGGUACUGUGGCUCCUGUCGUGGGUGCCGUCGCUCCUGUCGUCGGUACCGUCGCUCCUGUUGUGGGUGCCGUCGGUUCUGCUGCUAACACGCUGGGAUCGGCCACCGGCGCUCUCGGUUCGGUAGUUGGUACUGUCGGCUCUGUGGCAAAUACCGCCACUGGCGCUGCCGCAGGCCUGACCCCGCCGCAGGCCUCUGUGGUGAACUCGCUCGGUGGCGCCGUCACCUGUCUGAAAGGCAUGCAGGACAAAGUCGGGCAAAUCGUCGCCGCGGAUCCGUCCAGCGCACUCGCUCAGCAGGCCAUGACGCAGGUCGCGACGCUCACAAGCUGCAUGCUCCCCCCGACCGGCACGCUUCCCGUCGGCGGGCUGCUCGGCGGACUGCUCGGUGGAAGUGGCGGCAUCCUCGGUUCAUGUCUGGCUGGCGACAGCGGCCCCCUCGGAGGCUUGCUCGGCGGUGGUGGCUUGCUGGGUGGGCUCCUCGGUGGCGGUAGCCCCGGCCUGGGUGGCCUCCUCAACGACCCCGAUCUCCUGGGCCACCUUUUGGGCGGUGGCACCGUCGGCGGCCUGCUCGGCGGGCUCGGUCUCGGAGAUAUCCUUGGCGGCGGCAGCCCCGACCUGGUCACUUCCAUCGUCUGGCUCCUCGACAACCUGCUCGGUUUAAACAGUUGCGGCUGCCACAGCGCGCUGCUGGGUGGGCUGCUGGACGACAUCAAGGGUGUAGUCAACGGCCUGCUGGGCUCGUUGACCGCUGUCCACGCCUGCGGCAAAUGCGGCACCUCCCCGGCUGUAAUCAGUGGCGUCAACGGAGUCAUCGGAAAGAGCGGGGUCCUAAGCGGGCUUGGCGUGUAGUUGAAUGAUUCUGGUAUAUGCCUUUCCCUGUUGGAUAUAUGGACCGUUCUCUGCUUGCCGUCUUGUGUCUUGAUCGUGUUUGAUUGGCUCUUUACAUAAUUACGUGUUACUCGAAUGUUAUUACUGAUAUACGGUCUUUGGAGGGGAUGUGCGUGAAAG